AUAACCAGCUGAAACAUUAACAAUGUUUUUGAAAAGUGUUAGCAUUGUUAUAUCUUUGGCUGUACUGUCUAUGAGUUCAGUAAUUUCCUCCAACGCAAAUGGUGAUGGCUUAACUCGUAUUGUGGGUGGUAUGAUCACCACAAUUGAUCAAAUGCCAUAUUUGGUGCAAUUCCGCCAUGCCAACUAUUGGAAUUUAUUUUGUGGAGGAACUUUAAUACAUCCCGAAUAUGUUGUAACGGCGGCCCAUUGUUUUCUCCAUGGAAAGGGGGAUGGUAUUGUGGUAAUAGGAGGUGUUAGCACAGUAGAUGGUGAGGGGGAGGAACGAUAUAUUGAAAAGAUAAUUGUACACCCUGAAUAUGACCCCCAAACAAUGCAUUCUGAUGUUGCCGUUAUCAAACUGGAUGAACCAAUGAGGGGUUUGAAUAUUCGACCAAUUGCAAUUUGUUCUCACCGACUGCGGGAAGGUGAUCCAUUGCAAGUUUCUGGUUGGGGCCAAACCCACGAUAAUGGCGAAAUGUCGGAGGAAUUGCGAACGGUGUCAAUGCCCGUAUCCCCAUGGGCCAUGUGCGAGAAGGAGUACGGUUUGUUUGUGGAGAAAAACAUGUUUUGUGGUUCGGGAUUUGAAGCCAAGGGCCAUUGUCUUGGAGACUCUGGUGGCCCUGCAAUACAUUUGGGAGAAUUGUGUGGCGUUAUUUCAUUUGCUUACAAAUGUGGAGAAGUUGGAAGGACAUCGGCUUUCACCGAUGUUUUUAGUGUAAGAGAUUUCAUUGAUGGAGCUAUGAAGAAAUGA